AUGCUGUGCAGUGAGCUCUGCGAUGCAAGCGCCGGCAAAACAGAGCGUCUACGGCGUUCUCAGAAACCGGCCCUACAUGCUAUCCACGGCAAAGCGCAGCACUUGAGCCUGAUGCUGCGCUUCGACAUGCAGUUCGUCCUGGCGUACGAUUCCGACGAGACGGACGACGCUCCUAGGUACCCGGUUUUGAUGCCUCCUACAAUUCCGUACAUCAGGGAGAGCAAGUGGUUGCCUCUUCAAGUCUUCGCGAAGGCCCUGCACAUCACGGGGACGCCACCAAACCACUGCAACGCUGUACGGAUGCAGUGGCAGUCGACGCAUUCCGCUUUGGCUACUACUGCAGCCAGCGUCCCUAAGAACGUGCUCAGCGUCUAUCUGAAGGGAACGGGAUACCUGAAGAGAAUUGGUGGCGCCUUGCUCCUUUUCGCUAGGUCCCGACCGUAUGGCAGGAAAACACGCCGACCUGUACUCCUCCGCGCUCCCCUGUUUGUGAGCCUGACACUGCGCGCCGAGAAGCUUGUCAUACGGGGCGUGAACAGUCGUGCAUUGGUCGAGCACUUACUAAAGACGGCGCGCAUCCUGCAAUCUACUCUGCACCUGUUCCUCUCCCGCACGGCUGCGCUGACAGCAGCGCAAGAGAUGUGCAGGCCGCUCGUAUCGGGCAUCUAA